AUGCCGCCGCCAUCAUCAGCAGGUGGGUACCCUCCAGCAAGGCUAGGAUAUUAUGGAUAUCCACCAGCGGUGCAACCACAGCAGGUAGAGAGGACGAAUGAGCUUGUACCACUGGGGGGUUUACUGGUAGCAGGAGUAUUGGGUGGGUUGUUGAUAGGAGGCUUGGCGUCUGAGGGCCCGGCUGGAUAUGGUGCUGGCUUUCAAGAUGGAGGUGGUGAUUUUGGUUCUUGA